CAUAAAGGAUAACGCACGGCUAACAGUGGGGGUCCAUAGAUGAUUUUCUGGGAGGGGUAAUGGAUGACGGGAAAAUCAUCAAGUGUCGGAUGGCUUCCCGGCGGAGACGAAAUUUUUUUUUUGGUGGCCACGGUCAAAUUUGCACCUGAAAAUCGUUUGAAACACACCUCAAGCAAAAAUGUAUCCCGAUGCCGGCAGAAUAGUUAUAGGAUUUUCCUUAAUUUUUGAAAUCAUAAAGGUGCAUCCAGAAAGUUCAAUAAACAGCGCAAAACAUUCGCGAAGUGUGAACGUUGCAGAACAUGAUUGUCAGUUUCUAUGGUAAGUUUGAAAAAGUUGGCUGAAAUAAGUGAUAUCGUAGCAACAAGACAAGUUUGUUUAUUUGAUGAUUUUAUCAUUUGUUGAAAUCGUUGAAAUUUGUUAGAGGUCACAGAAUUGUUUGUGGAAACUCACAUAAAAUGUUCCAAAAUCCGGAAUAUAUUGCUGAUAAGGCGAAAGAAAUCGUAUUGGAUUUACUUCCUAGGAAGUCUCGUGCCAUUUACCAUAAGGAAUAUGAUGCUUUUAUUGAAUGGAAACACGAAAAUGGUAUAUUCGUUGUAAAUGAAGAUGUGUUGCUGAAUUAUUUACACGAAAAAUCGCAAACGUUCAAACCGUCGACAGUUUGGUCGAAAUAUUCCAUGCUGAAAGCAGUGUUAAGUGUUAAAGAAAAUAUCCACAUUGACCAAUUUCCAAGAGUAAUUGCUUUUUUGAAGAGGAAUUCGGUUGGUUACGAGCCUAAGAAGUCUAAGGUUUUGUCCAGAGAAGAGAUCGAUCAAUUUCUGGCUACGGCUAGUGAUGAAACUUAUUUACUUACUAAGGUUGCUCUUGUCAUUGGUCUUUGUGGAGCAUGUAGAAGAGAGGAAUUGCACUCUCUACAAGUGCAAGACAUCACAGAAAAAGACAACAACUGCCUUCUAGUCACUCUUGCAGAUACGAAGACUAAUAUCAAAAGAGUGUUUCCGGUGGUGGGCGAAGGGAACAGUGCCAAUUCAGUUGAGUUGUAUAGAAAAUAUGCUUGUCUUCGGCCAAAAAAUGUACCUCAUGAUUAUGUCUUCAUCUCCUAUCGUAAAGGAAAAUGCACCAUGCAACGGGUCGGCAUUCAUUCAUUCGGAAAGAUGCCUUCAAUUGUAGCAACAUUUUUAAAUUUACCAAACCCGAACGAAUAUACAGGUCAUUGUUUCCGACGUAGCGCUGCUACUCUUGUCGCAGAUGCAGGUGUGGAUUUUACAGCGCUCAAACGCCUGGGAGGUUGGAGGUCCUCCACAGUGGCGGAAGGUUAUAUAGAAGAAUCUAUUGAGAAAAAGAAGAAAGUUUGCAAACUGCUUAUGGGAGAAAAAAAAAAUCGUGACCACUUCCACGGAUGUUUCACCAUGUACAUCCACAUCGUUCGCAUUUGCUCCACCUCAGAAAAUAGAUUUACCUGACAAUGGGAAAGAAGUAAUUUCGUUCACAGAUACCAGUUUUCAAAAUGCACAAAAUUGUUCAUUCCAUUUUCAUUUUUCCAAAUAACUUAUCAGUCAAAUAAUUAUUAGAUUACCUACUUUAGUUGUUAGCUUUUGAUGUUGUUACUAUAUAAAUAAGUA